UGUCGGUUCAGUUUGGGCACUGAAGUGAAAUACUCAAAACAUAGACACACCGAUAUCGUCAUCAUUGGCGGUAUGGGUGAUUUGUCCAAGAGAUAUCUCAUGCAAGGAUUUUAUAGUCUCGUAACAAAAUAUACAACUGAGCACAAUUCAUUCACCUUCUACCCGACUGGGCGAACAGACCCAGAAAGUACAGAACCAAUAUUAUCCAAAGUACUCGAUGAACGACUUACUUGUGAAAAGACUGAUGGACCUGCGAGUAAAAAAUCCAAAGAGGACUUCAUCAAUUCAGUCAAAUAUUCUCAACUGAAAACAGAUGAACAUUACAAAACCUUUUGUGAUGGUAUGAAAAUAAAAUGGGAAAAUCUUAUGAACGGAAAAUUGAAUGCUGACAUAGAGGUUAUAUUUUACUUGUCAAUUCCAUCAAGUGGAUACUUAUCAGCUGCAAAAUAUAUAAACAAAUACUGCCGAACGAAAAAAGUUGUUUUGGAAAAGCCUUUUGGCCUUGAUCGCCAGUCUGCUAAAGCAAUGGGACUUGAGCUGUCUAAUUCAUUUAAUGAAGAGGAGACUUACAGGGUUGACCAUUACCUUGGAAAAACAGUUGUUAGAGAAAUCCUAAAUUUCAGGAAACAAAACGACCACAUGAAAGCUUUGCUAAACAAGGACCAUGUUGAGCAGGUAGAAAUAUUUAUGAAGGAAACGAUUGGAGUUCAAGGCAGGAUUGACUUCUAUGAUCAGACUGGCGUCAUGCGAGAUGUCUUCCAGAACCACCUCACAGAACUUCUCACAAUCCUUGCCAUGGAGAUUCCCCAAAAUUCAUCAUCAUCCGUCGACAUCAAAGUCAACAAACUGAGACUUCUCAAACAGAUAGAGCCAGCCAAAAUGUCUUCCACUCUUCUUGGUCAGUUCUCCGAUUAUCUCAAAGAUGCCGAAAAGGAACAGGCCGAUCUUGAAAAGUCUAAAUUUACACCCACAUUUGCAGCGGUGAUGUUAAAGGUACAUUCACCGAGAUGGGACGGUGUGCCAUUUAUUCUUGCUGGUGGAAAGAAGCUUGAUGAACGAUCUGGUUAUGUCAGAGUUGUUUUCAAGAGAAAUACUGUCUGUGUUAAUAAUUGCAGGGACAAGAAUUUACAACAACUGAUCUUUUACAUAGGACAUGGUGAGUUGAAGACACCUGCGAUCUUACUGUCCAAGUCUAUUGGUCAGCCUGUUUGGCCACAAGGGGUCUCUGACCAGUCCUCUGUAACAGUGCCGUCUGAAUUAUUUGGGCAGAAAAGUGAGGAUUUGUUUAUUGGAAUCCCUCAUAGAGACCCUGCUGCCUAUACUGUUUUGAUAGAAGAUUUGUAUCUUGGUAUUAAGGACAGUUUUAUUGGGACAAAUCAUUUGCUGUCGCUUUGGGAUAUUUGGACUGAUGUGAGUUCAUUGUCUUCUAUACAUCCCCCAAAGAUUUACAAUGCAGGUGACAAAGAUGGAAAAUUGUCCAUUAGAGUGACAAAUAACAAACUGGAAUAUACUGAAAAUAUUUCUGAUUCGGCUACCAUGGUAAAUGGAGAAGCACCAAUACAAAAUGAAACGUUUGGACAGACUCCUUCGUCGUUUCUUGGUAACAAGGGUAAAAGUCCAAUUAUUCUAUUUGAAACCCUGGCACAACACUUUGCCGAUAUUCCUUGGCGGUAUGUACAUAUUUGGCAAGUAGAUGAAAGAUGUGUUCCUGCCACGGAUAAAGAUUCCAAUUUUGGUACAAUUGAAGAAUAUCUUUUGAAAUUCCUACCCUAUUUCACUAUUCAUCCAAUGCCAGUAGAAAUAACAGGCAAGUUGUGCAGUGCCAAUGAUAAUGGUUUACAGCUGUAUCAAGACUUGAUCAAAGAUCAAAUUAGUGAUAAAAGAUUUGACUACAUUGUUUUAGGCCUCGGAGCUGAUGGUCACACAGCGUCUCUUUUCCCAAAUGACCUGAGCCUGAGUGCGAUAAGGCAGUUUACGGCUUAUGCAUAUGGGCCGGAAGAUUCUUUUGAAACUCAGAGGAUGACUCUAACAUUACCAGUCAUCAACAAGGCUAAACAGAUAUCGGUAUUUGUGACUGGGAAAGGGAAGCGGCAAAUUUUGAAACAGUUAGAGGAUGCCGAAGGUUCCAAGGUUGAGUAUCCCAUCCUUGGAGUGAAACCAGAUGUUACGUGGUUUAUUGAUUCAGAGGCACUGAUCGAUGGAUAG